UGCAAGCUUCACUUCACUUCCUGUCUUGUCUCUCUUUCAUUUCAACGCAAACCUUUCUCUCUCACUUUCUCUUUCCCAACGCUUUAUAUCCAACCUUCCAAAUUCCAAUUCCCUCUUCACACUUCACACACCACAAACCAUUCUCUCUCUCUCUAAUUUUCUUCUAUUCACCCCAUUUCAUUUGGAAUUUUGCAACACUUUACGUUCCUCUUGGCUCAAUUCAACCUCUCAUGGUUUGCAACUAAACAAUCCAACGUGACUACAUAGAUUCUCGUACGACCUUUCUUAUUGCCUCAAUAAGAUUUUAUGGGGGUAGAGAAUUAAUGACUUGGACCCAGUAACAAGUUGUGGAGAAAGUUUCCAUUUUGAUGAGAUUGUGAAUGUGGGCAUGGAAGCACGAAUGAAGAAGUACCGGCAAGUGAGUCCGGAGAGGGCCAAAGUGUGGACCGAAAAGUCCCCAAAGUAUCAUCAGAACCGGAAGGUUCCAGUGCUUUACUAUCUUUGCAGGAACAGGCAGCUUGAGCACCCUCAUUUCAUGGAGGUUCCAAUUUCAUCCCCUGAUGGAUUAUAUCUGAGAGAUGUGAUUGAUAAACUAAACUCUUUGAGAGGUAGAGGCAUGGCUUCCUUGUAUUCAUGGUCCUGUAAGAGAAGCUACAAAAACGGAUUUGUGUGGCAUGAUCUCUGCGAAGAUGAUUUAAUUCUACCUGCACAUGGAAAUGAGUAUGUCCUCAAAGGUUCUGAGCUAUUUUACGAAUCGAAUUCAGAAAGUUUUGGCCACAUUAGCAAUGUGAAAAUACAGAACCUGAAGCAGUUACCAGAACCAGUUUCAUGUAGGAGCAAUGAUGAUGCUUCCACCUCUUCCAGCUUGAAUGAGAAAGAAACAAGAAACUCCCAAGAAGAUGAGCUUUCCCCAAGACAACAAACUGGUUCAUCUGAUGUGUCUCCAGAGUCUAGAGCUGGAAAUAUUGAUUCUCUUAGCUUACCAUUGGCAGAAUACAAAAUCUACAAGAGUGAUGGAUUGGCAGAUGCUUCAACUCAGACAGAAGAAAAUGUUAGCAAACCAAUAACACAGAAAACUUGUACAAGGGGUGUAUCAACCGAGGAUGAUGGUUCAUUAGAACCUGAAUGCCAUGAAAUAUGUCAAACUCAAGUGCCACAAGGGAAAGAUAAUCCUGAACUCUGUAGGGUUGUGGUUUCUCCUCCUCCUUCAACUUCUAGUCCAGCAUCUUCUGGAGGGAAAACUGAGACGUUGGAGUCCUUGAUUAGAGCUGAUGUGAGUAAAAUGAACAGCUUUAGGAUUCUUGAAGAGGAGCGAAUUCGGAUGCAGACCAGCGCGAGGCUGAAGGCCUCAAAUCUGCUGAUGCAACUGAUCUCAUGUGGGUCUAUAUCAGUGAAAAACCAUAGUGUUGGUCUUAUUCCCUCCUAUAAGGAUAGGUUUUGCCAUUCGAAAUUUCCCUCCCCGCUGUUCUCAACUUCUGUUAUGUUAGGGGAAUUUGAUUGCCUAUCAGAGAAAACAAAGGUGAUGGGCCUCAAAUUGGAAGACAAAGAAUAUUAUAGUGGGAGCAUGGUUGAGUCUAAAGUACUGAUGGAAGAAGGUGGACAUAAUGUUCUGAAACGCUCUUCUUCUUGCAAUUCUGAGAGGACAUCUAAAGAGUUGAAAUCACUAGACACGGAGGAAUCAUCAUCCUCAGGAAAUUCAAAUCGUGUUCAGCAGUCAGUUAAGGCUUCGAUGACCAAGCAGCCACUAAUUGAAUGCAUGAGAUCUCCUAUUUCCGAUGGAUCAAGAAAUUCCAUGGAUAGAACUGAUGGGUCAGUACCAUCUAAUGGUAGCAGCAAAAGGAUCUCUAAAACCUCAUUAGGGUCAGGGAGAAAUCAAUCUAAAAGGGUAGAGUCAUUUAGAGAAGAGGAGAGUGUAAUCAAAAUUGAAGAAAGGCUUGCUUCAGGAGCUCGGGUUAUAAUCCAAUCUAAACCAUCUUGCAACAUGGCAAGUAACAGCUUUUGUUUGAAUGCAACAUGAUGGUAUAUAUCUAUGUAGGUCCACGUGAUAUAUACGUAAAUCUACAACGUGAAAAUGUUGUGACAGAUUAUUCACUGCAUGGGGGGCUACUUGUACACGUGUGGUCCCAAUGGUCCAUUCCUCAUCCUGAAAUAUCAUGUGUUGGUUAUAACCUUAUAGGGACUGCCACCUGAAAUGAAGUGAUUGCACAAUUUUUUGUAACUACACGUACUAUAUUCUUUUGCCCCCCCAGCUUUUGUUUGCUUAAAGCUAGUGCCUCCAUCUUUUUUUUGCAUUUCCAAGGGUAAAAAUUGCCACACAAAAUAAAGUGUUGGGUCAUUUUCAAACCAUUCUUCUCUUGGCAUUGGUGGUGGUGUUGCCGAACAUGUUGUAUGUGAGAUUGAACUUGACGUAUAAGCCUGUAUUUAUUAUCAAAUUGGUGAGGAUAAGUUAUGAGGCUAUAAUUA